GUACCACUUGGACUACGCAGAUCCUUUCGUGCAGUCUGUGGGCCAGUAUCUGGGACGCCGGAUUUGGCACCAGGUACUCCUGCCUUUUAACCUCCUGGCGCGGCUUCUGCCGCCAAAUCCCACGGAAGAGGACCUUAGACCCUUGUUCAGAUCUAUGCAGCGGGUGUCUUCUCGAGUUCUGCUGCAGACGGACAUCGAGUGGCUGCCCAAGAUGAUGAUCUUGAGAUUCUCGCGGGAUGUAUGCGGUGCAGACAUCGAGGUGCCAUGCCGUCCUUUUUGA